AUGCAACACCUCCCCCAAACAAAACCGAUCACGUCCGAGAGAAGCAAGUCCCCUGAGCCGGCUGCAAGUUUUUUUUAUGCAAUAGCCGCCCGCCCUCCUGAUCAAAAACCCGCACUGCAGGCGAUUCUGACCGCGUGGGGUGACUACGUGCCGCGACUAACGCAGUCGUGGUUCGUUGCCGCCGACUGCGCGGAUUGGUUCGGCCUUAAAUGUGCAUUCGACGGCCGCGUCAUCUCACUUGAAAUCGCCAACCGGCCGUUGUUGGCGGGCCAAGGCAUCCCUCCCGCCAUCACUCAGCUCGUCGCGCUGCAAAAGCUGAGCCUGGACCAUAAUUUCCUGGGCGGCAGUAUACCCACCAACAUCGGCUACAUGACCGCUCUCACUAACUUGUCGUUGAGCGGCAAUGCUCUCGAGGGCGAAAUCCCGUCCAGCGUCGCGAACCUCGCCAGCCUCCAGACGCUUGACCUGAGCAGCAACCGCCUCUCCGGCGCCAUUCCCGACAUCUUCUGGGGCAUGGGGGGUCUGCAGAUACUGGCGUUGGGUCUCAACUCCUUCACAGGGAGCUUCCCCAACAGCCUCUUCUCGCUCGCGCAGCUCCGCCAUCUGCUGGUGGGCGACAACAGUCUCUCCGGGGUGCUCCCCGCGUCCUUCUCCAGCCUCGCGUCGCUCGUUGCGCUUGAUCUCAACGGGAACGACUUCUAUGGCAACCUCCCGCCCGUCCUCGGCUCGCUCUCGAACCUCGUCUUCCUCGACGUGAGCAAGAACCAGCUGUCCGGCGCGCCGCUCUCCGUCUUCGCGUCCGCGUCGCUGGGCGACGCGUCGCAGGCGACGUACGACCUUAGCAGCAACUACUUCAUCACCUACCCGAACAUCUUCACGGCGGGGCCCUCGCAGUUCUGCCCGUCGCAGGUCGACGGCGGGUACGCGGAGGCGAACCUAGAGAUGUACGGAGUGUCCAAGUUCAGCGGAAUGAAGGAUAACUGCUUCCUCGGCGGCUUCUGGAACGUGUCUCAGAGCUUCACGGACGGCAAGGGCAAGCAUAACAAGAACGUCGCGGCCAAGGGAACCGGGUUUGAUAAGAAGUUCAAGAAGAACAGCGUUGGCAACGGCAACGGAAACGGAAACGGGAACGGGAAUGGGAAUGCGUACGGGAAGGCGUCUGUGUCUUCUUACUCCUCGUCGUCGUCGUCGGCGUCGGCUGGUGGGACGUCGUAUUAUUACUCUGCUGCCAAGGCCGCCAAGGGCCCUAAGAAGGGCCCCAAGAAGGGCAACAGCGGCAAUGGCAACGGGAACGGAAAUGGCAAUGGAAACGGAAACGGCAACGGGAACGUGAACGGCAAGAAGACUGGCAAUGGCAAUGGCAACGGCAAUGGGAACGGCAAUGGGAAUGGCAACGGCGGCAGUGGCGGCAGCGCGAGCGCGGGGACGGGAUGCCCUGUGGGUCCGCAGCGGCGCGCUGUGGAGUGCGUUGGGUUCUGCGGCGCGGCUCUCCCCGCGGGGCCGUGCGGUGGGCUCGGCACGUGCUACCUGGCCGCCCCCUCCAACACCCCCACCUGCGCCUGCAACGCCGGCAUGUUCAAUGUGCAGCUGACCAUUCAAGUGGGCAAAGUCACCAUCAGCUACCCCUCCUGCUCGCCCAACCAAGGCCCCACCGCGCCUCCCCCGCCCACAAUCGACCCGGGGACCAUCAAGAGGCGCGAGUACAAGGGAGCCAAGGACACAUCCGCCAUAGUCUCCAGCUCCUACUACAACAAGUACUUCCGCUACGCCUCCACCAGCUUCACUGGCAACUACACCACGCCUCUCUGGAACAUCAACCCCGCUGUUGACUGGCGCUCCCGCAUCCCUGCUGCUCUGACUACCACCAAGGACCAAGGCCUCUGCUCCGCCUGCUGGGUGUUCGCGCCAGUGGCGGCCAUGGAAGCCCUCUACGCCAUCGUCUACAACAUCGCGCCACCCAACAUCUCGGAACAAAAGGCCAUCGACUGCCAGGGCACGUGGGACUGCGAUGGCGGCCGCCCCGACGACGCCUUCAACUACAUCGCCGCUUCCGGCGGCCUGCCCACCCGGGACACCUACCCGUACACCGGGAUUCUCAACUCUGGAUCCUGCAUGGUCACCAAGCGCUCUCUCUCCUUCCGCCGCCGCCUCCUCUCAGACAACGACGACGACGCUACCAUCUCCACCGCCUCCCUCCGUCACCUCUCUGAAUCCUCCUCUUCCGCCGCCACUGCUGCCUCUGCAUCCGUUUCUCCUGACCUAGCUGAUCCCUCGGACAUCUUCUCGCGCGCCAUGCGCAGCCUGAAGGCGAAGAAGGCCGCGGAUCCGAUGCUUCCCCCCCCGCCCUACGCCAUUUCCAUGUUUGAGACGGUGCAGAUCGGCGGGUGGAUCGGGCUGGCUCUCACGGUGCAGCAGCAGCCUGCUGUCGCCUACAUUGCUGCCUCGGCUGAGUCCUUCGUCAAGUACCCAGGGGGCUUUGUCUAUGCGGAUCUGAACUGCUUUGCAACUGAGGUCGUGGACCAUCUGGUGGUGGUGGUGGGGUUCAACCUGCUGGACGCCACGCCCCACUGGAUCAUCCGCAACUCAUGGGGCCCAUCGUGGGGCGAGAACGGCUACAUGCGCAUCGCCAUUGCCGGCGGCCCGGGCAUCUGCGGAAUGCAUACCAUGCCGGCACUGUAUCCCGUCCUCCAGACGCCCGAUCCCUGCAAGCCGAACCCAUGCGGAGGUGGAGUGUGCACACCAUUCAAGGGCAAGCCGUUCAAGAACAAGUGCUCGUGCCCAGCUAACUUCAUGGCUGUCACCAACCUCGACAAGACCCAGUCCUGCACCAUGACCCGAGUCUGCGCAUUCUUUGUGAUGAACCCGUGUGGCUUCGGCACGUGUGUGGACGACAUGGCGGGCGGCUACACGUGCCUCUGCUCUCUUGGCUACCAAGUCGGCGCCCUGACUGAUGGCUCCACCACCUGUGUUCCUGCGCCGCCGUCCACCACCGUAGUCAUGCCAGUGGCCAUCAAGUGCGCCCAAGUGCGCUCCACUUACAUCAUGUCCAAGGCUGAUUUCACCACCCUCAACCCGACCAUUAACUGCGUGAGGCCGAUCCCAGCAGGCACCACGGUGGUCGUGCGCAACUCAACUGGCACGCAGUAUGGCUGUGUCACGCCCUACACAGUCGGACCCGGCGACACGUGUGACACCGUGGCAACCAUGUUCAACCUCACAGUCGACGGGCUCACGACAAUCAACCCCGAUCUGGACUGCACUGGACUUAUGAUCGGCCAGCUCCUCUGCGCACAAAUCGGCAGCCCCCAGAACCAGUCGUGCCUGUCCUACUACUACAUCAACCCCGGGGAGACGUGCAAUGAUGUGAUGAUCAACACGCAGCCGCCGAUUUCUGCCACGCAGCUCUACCAGUACAACCCCGGGAUCAUCUGCACUUCCGAUGCUUCUCAGCGGCUUGUGGGCCAGCAGGUGUGCGUCCAAUCCCUGACAGUGGGAGCAACGAGGUGCCUGUACGGCACAUACACAGUCGUACGCGGCGACACGUGCAGCUCGGUCAUAUGCAAGGUGUUCCGAUGCCGGUCCGCUCUCAUGUACCAGUACAACCCCGGCUUCACCUGCAACCGCUACACGCUCUACGUUGGCAAGGUCCUCUGCAGACCCCGCUGA